CCCUUUUGUUUUUUUGUGUAACUUCUUGGUUUAUAGCCUAUAAAGUUUGAAUCUUUAUCACUAAAGGUUCAAUAUUUUUCCUGUUUUUGCUGAUUUUUUGGGCUAAUUUUGUGUUUCUUGAAAAACCCAUGUAAAACCCUUGAUAAAGUUUGAAUCUUUAUUUGUGGGGUUGUGUUUAAAUCUGGUAUUUAGGGUUGUUUGUUGCUCAAUUGUGGUUAUUAGGUUGGAAUUAUAGGUAAUUGUGGUUAAUUGUUUGAGUUUUUGUGGCCGAGUGUUAGAUUAUUGAGUAAAUGCAUGGAUGGAAGGGAGGGAAUUCCAUCCUUUUAUCUUAAUAGAGGGUUUCGUGGGUCGGGUUCGAAUGCCGGGUCAGGUAAUCAAGGUGGAGGGUUUAAUGUCCCUCCACCAGGUUUUAAGACUCAGUCAAACCCUAAUAUGUCACCUCAUGGACAUAGCAAUAUGAGGGUAGCUUCCUCAAUGGGCCCACCAUUCCAUUUGGAACAUAACCCGCAACCAUCUAGUUAUCCGCACGGAUUUAACAUGGAUGGUGGCGGAAGUGGUGGUGCUGGGAAUGAUGAUGAUGACCAUGGUGGUGCUAUAAUAUCCAUUCCCACCCCUGGAAGUGUGAAGAAUGAGUCUAUUGUAAAGAAAAAAAGAGGGAGACCAAGAAAGUAUGCACCUGAAGGGGGGUCUCAUAUGGCAUUGGCACUGACACCGGCAUCCUCGGUUGCAUCACCUGAUCCAAACACACCGACACCGCAAAAGAAGAGGGGGAGGCCUCGUGGUACUGGAAGGAAACAACAGCUUGCAAAUGUUGGUGAAUGGAUGCAUAAUUCGGCGGGAUCGGCUUUCACACCUCAUAUCAUUCAUAUAGGGGUUGGAGAGGAUGUUGCAGAAAAAAUAUUAGCGUUUGCACAGCAGAGGCAAAGGGCUCUGUGCAUCUUGUCAGGCAACGGUUCUGUGUCUUCCGUGACAUUACGUCAAUUUUCGUCUUCUGGCGGGACCGUCACUUAUGAGGGUCGUUUUGAGAUACUGUGCUUAUCGGGUUCUUACCUGCUUGCUGAAAGCGGUAGCCCCCGUAAUAGAACUGGCGGUCUUAGUAUUUCUGUUUGUAGUGCUGAUGGUCAAGUGAUCGGUGGUGCAAUUGGUGGUAAACUUAUUGCUUCUACCCUAGUACAGGUAGUGGUUUCUAGCUUCUUGUUUGGCGGUGCUGGAGAUAUUACAAAGGCAAAGACUCCAACCGACCCACCAUCAGGAGAUGAAAAGAGUCCUGGAGUUCAGCUUAACUAGACAUCAUCUUGUAGAUUAUUGAUGGGCUUUGUGUUGAUGUAUUCUGUAACAAAGUAAGUUGACAUCUUUAUGCUCGUUUUAGUGUUAGACUUUUUAUUUUUUUAUUUUGCCCAUCUGUAGCUAGUAUCAUUUGGUGAUUGGGAUCUGAAAAUUAUCUUCUUUGAGGAUGCAAUUAUGUUCAUUUCCAGAGAUUGUUCAUGGUGAAGUAUGCAAAUUCUUUCCUGAUUCUUGAA